CCGCCCGUUCCCCCUCUACGCCGCCACUGCCCUCCCCUGCCUCCUGCGCGGAACUGCUGCUAGCCUACCUGAGCUACCUCCCUCCGCUGCUCGCCAAGACGCCGGCCGAGGAAGUUUUGUCAUGGACCCCAAUAUGAAGCAGCUUCAAGAGGCUCUGGUUGACAUUGAAACUGAUGCAGAGCAACUUCUUCUGGCUAGGCAUCAGUUAGUGGAGAAUGAUAAGAUGAGGAAUGCUAACAGGGAGGCGCUGACAGCCUUGCGCAAAAGAGCCAGGACAACCAAAACUAGUGUUCCAUCUCCCUUUGAUGUCAUAAUGAAAGAGAUGGAGGGAACCUCAGGCAAGCAGCUGGUAAAGGAGAUAUGCCCGACAUGUGGAAACCACGACCCCAAAGAACAUACCUGGCUAAUGUUUCCAGGAUCAGAUAUUUUUGCCCGUGUUCCAUUUCAUGUAACACACACUAUUCUGGAGAAAGAUCAAGAACGCCUAGAUUAUGACACCAAGAAGCUGCAAAGCUUUGUGAAGGAGAAGUCAUUCUUGAUCUCUGAGAAAGGCGCCCUCGCGGACAAGAUCAGCCCUGGCAUCGUGAAAUCCCUUGUCAGCCUUACAGAUAAACCCAAGUAGGCACAUUUGGCAGGACCAAGGCGGACAGAGGCGUAAUAGAGAAUCAUGUUGACCUGCUUCAGUCCGCAAGAAUAUCCCAAGGAAGUAUUUUGUUGGGUUCACUGAGUCUGGUAGUAGCAAUUGUAAUUUUCUUUCUAGGUAGAUGUGGUUUGGUUUUGAACUUGUGAUGUACUUGUAAAUUACCAAGACAGCAAGGCACUUAUAAUUCCACUGCAGUCCAUUAUGUUUUCCA